AUGACCGUGAAUGAUGGAAAAAAUGAUGAUGCCGUAUGCUGGCUCCUUCUCUCUGAUGUUCCCUCCGGCACCGUUAUUGGACUAGACGCAAACGUUUGGAGGGUUGGAUGCAAUUUUCGUGGAAUUCGCGAUAUCCCCCUUGGUGUGCACUAUCUCUUUUUCAGUGCAGCCACCGACGAAGCUGGAGGACACAGCGUCUCUGGACUGCGUUGCAGCAUCUUCCUCGACUUAACUAAGCCUUGUGUCAUCCGGAAGCGAUGGGUCAAAGAACUAGAGGAGUUUGAGGAUCAACCCAUGUCCGAAAGUGAUGUGGAAUUGAUGAAAUCGAACCAAGAGGAGGUUUCGAUGUAUCUAGGGCCUUACCCAAAAAAUCGAUUAGCCCACUGGAUAGCCCUCUCCUCUCACAUUACAGUUGAUGUAAUAAACAGACUUCAACCUUCAGGUCGGUACAUCUUCUCUUGCGCCCAAUUUCAGUCAGAGAAAUCGACAAGUCAGGAGAGAGCCUCUUUGCCAAUUCCUACGCGCUUGAGACGUGACAGUCAGGAGGUGUCAGCGCCCGAGUCGAUUGCCAGCGGGGAAGAACAGCUCCCAGUCUUGAAGACCUUUCCAGAAACUGAUCUAAAUCUGACGAAACUACCACCACAUCCACUGUUCCCUCCUGGUUCCUCAUUGGGCGAAAUAAGCCGACACAAUAUGGACCAGACGUACACAUUGAACCACAUCCUUUCGGAAAUCGAAGCCUCUCUUGAUAAUCCACCAGACUUUGGCGGUCUAUCGCCUGGAGAGUCCCACCUACUCGGGGAGUUCCAUUUCUCAUUCGUCAUUUUCCUGCUUGGCGAAGUCAUCGAGGGGUGGUUUCAUUGGCGACGUCUGCUCUCAUUGCUUGCGAACUGUGAACGCGCUGUGCUCGAGAGGCCUCGUCUUUACAAGGCCCUCAUUACGAGUCUCUACCGCCUACUAACUUACGGUGAUGAGGAGAGCACUCAACACAAGUCUAUCCCAGAAGACCCGGAAACUGGACAGACCCUCAGAAUGACCGAUCUCUUCAACUCAGGUGACAGUAACGGUUGCUUCGAUGGUUGGAGCCAGCGCCAAGGUGACCCCGCUUUCUUGCCGCACACGCUGGCCCGGAUAUUUAGCAACAUUGCAAGCGCAGCGGCGUCGGACAGACGCCUCUCUGAUUUACUAGACAGGUCAGAAGGACUACGAAGCAGUCUGGAACGGCGCUUCAACGUACGGCUGUCGGGAAAUCGACAUCCAGCUGCGGCAACUGACGAAAUUCCCGUGGAUGACGUGGAUUGGGAUACUGACGAGGCACCAGUGAUUGUCUACGAACAAUAG